AAUCAGCACCUGCGAGUGGAGAAGGGAGGAGAUGCUCUCUCCCUCUCUCUCCCCCGCUUCUCCCUCCCCCCUUUCCUCCCUUUCUGUAAACCACGUUGAGUUUGUAGCGCUAAUUAAUUUUUCCAAAGUCUGGGAGGGCUUCGCUGCAAGUCGGGAUUCCGCUGCUGCUGCCGCCGCUGCCGCCAUCAACGGCCCUUCUUCGCCUUCCUCCUCCUCCUCCUCUUCUCCCUGCACCGCAGAGCCCAGUUGCGGAGGCCCCUCGGCUGCAAUAAAAUGUUUGACGGCUCCUUCCUGUCUCUUAUAUCUCCCCUUCUGUUGCGGCUGCUACUGGUGCUCUGCGGACCGGGCACCCAUACAGUCAAUGCAGACCUGGAUGUGGUGAUCAUCCCGGAACAGGUGCCCCUUGACAAGAUCCCUUCCCUGCAGGUCAGAGGGAUCCACUCUGAGGAGCAUAGGAGGCGACGCUCUGUGCCUCUGCAGCCUGAAGAAGAGGCCGAGGUGCUGAUCGUCCGGCUUCCUGCCGGGCUGGGCUCCGAUCCAGGCUCUGACAUCUACUUGAACCUUCGCCGAAAUGGGCAGUUUUUGGCACCGGGUUUCUCCGUGGAGGAAAUUGGCGUGGGCCGAAGCAGCCACCGUGUGGACUUGGACCGCCUCUGCUUCUACACAGGGCACGUGCUCAACCGCAGCGCAGACUCCUUCGCUUCCCUCAGUGCCUGCGGCGGGCUGGUUGGCUAUAUCCAGAUUGGAUCAGAACAGGUGCAGAUACAACCAGUGAACACUUCCGAGACCUCGUUUGAUGGGAAAGAGCACUUCAUCAGGCACAAACGAGCCACCAGAUCGGCACAUCCCGGCAAGCCGGAGAUCCCAGUUGAGCCCUGCAGAGUUGUGGCAGAAAAGAAGAGGCAAAAAAAGGCAAAGCUUACCAAUGACUGGAGAGAGCGGAGGAAUGCUAUUCGGCUCACAAAUGAAUACACAGUGGAAACACUCGUGGUGGCGGAUGCUGAUAUGGUCCAGUACCAUGGGGCAGAUGCUGCUCAAAGAUUCAUUCUUACUGUGAUGAACAUGGUGUACAACAUGUUUCAACACCAGAGCCUUGGAGUUAAAGUCAAUAUUCGAGUGACUAAGCUUGUCCUUCUUCAAAGCCGUCCUGCCAAGCUGUCCAUUGGGCAUCAUGGGGAGAGGUCCCUGGAGAGUUUUUGCCAUUGGCAAAAUGAAGAAUUUGGUGGCGCAAAGUACCUUGGAAAUAAUCAGGUGCCGGGAGCACGAGAUGACACCCCUCCAGUGGAUGCUGCUGUCUUUGUCACCAGGACAGAUUUUUGUGUCCACAAGGAUGUGCCCUGUGACACUGUGGGAAUUGCCUAUCUUGGAGGCAUCUGCAGUGCGAAGAGGAAGUGUGUUCUUGCAGAAGACAAUGGGCUGAACCUGGCAUUUACCAUUGCUCAUGAAUUGGGACACAACAUGGGGAUGAGCCAUGAUGAUGACCACUUGUCCUGUGCUGGAAGAUCUCACAUCAUGUCCGGAGAAUGGGUGAAGGGAAGGAAUCCCAGUGACCUAUCCUGGUCUUCCUGCAGUCGUGAUGACCUUGAAAAGUUUCUCAAGUCAAAAGUUAGCACCUGUUUACUGGUAACAGACCCACGGAGCCGUUAUGUCGUGCGACUUCCUUACAAACUUCCAGGAAUGCACUAUAGCGCAGAUGAGCAAUGCCAGAUUCUCUUUGGAACCAAUGCAACUUUCUGCAAAAAUAUGGAGCAUUUGAUGUGUGCUGGUCUCUGGUGCCUUGUGGAAGGAGACGCAUCUUGCAAAACCAAAUUGGACCCUCCUCUGGAUGGCACAGAAUGCGGAGCAGACAAGUGGUGCCGAACUGGGGAGUGUGUCAGCAAAACUCCCAUCCCCGAACAUGUAGAUGGAGACUGGAGCAUGUGGAGCCAGUGGAGCAUGUGCAGCAGGACAUGUGGGACCGGUGCCAGAUUCAGACAACGCAAAUGUGACAAUCCACCCCCUGGACCCGGAGGCAAAAACUGCCGUGGCACGAGUGUCGAGCACACAGUUUGUGAAAACUUGCCCUGCCCCAAAGGGGUGCCCACAUUCCGAGACCAGCAGUGCCAGACUCAUGAGAGGUACACCAACAAGAAGAAAAGCCUUUGGACUGCUGUCAUCAUGGAUGAUAAGCCCUGUGAACUUUAUUGCUCCCUGUUUGGAAAGGAUUCCCCUGUGUUGGUGUCUGACAGGGUAGUUGAUGGUACACCAUGCGGGCCUUACGAGACUGACCUCUGCGUUCAUGGCAAGUGCCAGAAAAUCGGCUGUGAUGGGAUCAUCGGAUCAGCUGCCAAAGAAGAUCGUUGUGGCAUCUGCAAUGGAGAUGGCAAAACCUGCAAAGUGGUGAAAGGAGACUUCAACCAUACUAAAGGGAUGGUAUCCAAUAGUCAAUGUAAGAAGGUUUCCACGUGUGUGAUGGCAAAGGCAAAGGGAGUCCCCAAGUGUUUCUCGUGUUACAUUGAAGCAGCAGUGAUCCCAGCUGGGGCUCGACGGAUCCGUGUGAUGGAGGAUAAACCUGCCCACAGUUUUCUGGCUUUGAAAGAUUCCAGUAAGAAAUCCAUUAACAGUGAUUGGAAAAUCGAACUUCCUGGUGAAUUUCAGAUUGCAGGAACCACUGUUCGGUAUGUGAGAAGAGGUCUAUGGGAGAAAAUCUCAGCCAAAGGACCAACUAAAAUACCACUCCACUUGAUGGUGCUGUUAUUCCAUGACCAGAAUUAUGGGAUCCACUACGAAUACACCAUUCCUGUGAACUACUCUGCUGAAAACAGAAGUGAGCCAGAUCAUCAUCAGGACUCCUUGUACAUAUGGACCCAUAGCGGAUGGGAAGGUUGUAGUGUGCAGUGUGGAGGAGGAGAACGUAAAACCAUUGUGUCCUGUACACGGGUUGUUAACAAGACUAUGAUACUGGUGAACGACAGUGCCUGCCAGCGGGUGACCCGUCCCGAGCCUCAGGUCAGAAGAUGUAAUGUUCACCCCUGCCAGUCAAGGUGGGUGGCUGGGCAGUGGAGCUCUUGCUCUGCAACCUGUUCCAAAGGCAUUCAGAUCCGAGAAGUGGCAUGUGUCUAUCAGCUGCAGAAUGGCACCUAUGUCAACACUAGGGAUCUUUACUGCCUCGGCCCGAAGCCGACACCAAUACAAAGCUGUGAAGGUCGAGACUGCCUUUCCAUAUGGGAAGCAUCGGAGUGGUCUAAGUGCUCGUCCAACUGUGGGCAGGGGAAGAAGAAGAGAACUGUCACAUGCACCAACCCCCAAGGGAAGUGUGAUUCAGCCACUAGGCCGAGGGAUGAGGAAGAGUGUGAGGAUUACACGGGCUGUUAUGAGUGGAAAACAGGAGACUGGUCCAAGUGCUCCUCAACUUGUGGGAAAGGCCUUCAGUCCCGCGUGGUACAGUGCAUGCACAAGGUCACGGGGCGCCAUGGCAAUGAAUGCCCUGUCCUCUCCAAGCCUGCAGCCUACCGACAGUGUCACCAAGAGGCCUGUAACGAGAAGAUCAAUGUGAACACAAUUACCUCACCAAGACUUGCUGCUCUGACCUACAAGUGCACAGGCGACCAGUGGAUGGUAUACUGCCGCGUGAUUCGGGAGAAAAAUCUCUGCCAGGACAUGAGGUGGUAUCAGCGCUGUUGCCAGACCUGCAGAGACUUCUAUGCAAGCAAGAUGCAACUGAAAAGUUAAUGACACCCGCCUUUUGCUCCUUUAGGGUAUUACAGCUCCUAUGUACUGCUUCAUAAAAAAAAUGUGUCAUUAACUUAUGGAACUGCCUGCCACAAGAUAGUGGCAAUAGCCACUUAGCUUAGAUGGCUUUUUUUUCUUUUUCUUUUAAGGAUUAGACAAAAUUCAUGGGGGGGGAGGGGAUAGGUCUGUCGAUAGCUAAACAGCCAUGACAGCAAAAUGGACCCCCCCCCAAAUGCACAGAGGCAGUCUACCUCUGAAUGCCAGGUGCUGGUGACCAACAACAGGGGAUGGCCAUUUCCACUGGGCACCAGCGGCACCUGGCUGGCCACUGUUAAAAUGUCAAAAUGCUUGAAUAGAUGGACCUUGGCCCAGUGCAGCCAGGGAAAGUUGCAAGCUUGAGGGUAAGCUGCCUACCAGAUCUUCAGCAAGCCACUCAGACUUGGUGGAUUCCAACGCUUACCUAAUAGGACUUGAAACUCCUUUUGCAGACCGGGUGAACCAAAGCAAUCCACGACUGAAAAAGAGAAAGAAAGAAAAAUUCGUCUCCAAGCCAAUCCUAGAGAUUUUUAUGAUGUUUUGACGUUGCGACUUCCCCCCCGCCCCCCAGUAAUAUAUAGAUUAUUUCCAGCCACUGGAUGGCUUGCUACCAUUUUCCUUUACUUAAAAAAAAAAAAAGUAAAAGAUUUGAAAAGUGAUUAAAUUGACUAAAGUUACAUGUACCUCAACAGGGUAAGCCUCUGGCAAAUAACUCAGUGUAGAUAGAGACAUUACUUAAUGCUUCAGCCUUUGGCUUCUACGUUCCAUUCCCAGCCCGAAAGUGCGGGCGGAGGCCGGGUGGCUUGAAAGCAAGAACCAUUAAUGAAAUGCUUAAUUUUUUUAUUUUUUUUAAAAAGAGGCAUUGCUAGAAAAGCUCCUGAAAGCCAAACAGCAGUGGAUGAACGCAUCUGAAAUCUCUGCAGAAAGCUCGCCACAGCUGCUGCCAGCAUUCCACUGAGUAUAAUUUUAAAGGAGUGAAAAGAAGAAGAAAACCGAAUCAAGGGCUGACAUUCCGCUUCCUCUCUGCCAACAUAUAUUCUCUUUUGCCUUGUUUUGUUUUUUAUUAAGGUGCUUUAUUUAUCCAGUGUUGCAAUACAUAAAUAGAAGACGACUGUAAUGAUCCCAGGAGACCCAGUUCAACUCAAAAUGCUUCAUAACUCUACAGUGGUACAUCAAGUUCAAUCGUGAAGUUUUCCAUCAGACCAGUUUCAGUAGCCCAACUGAGCUGCAUAAAAACAUGCCUGGCCCACUGCACCCACCACUGCAGCUGCAUAAUAAACCUCCACAUGUGGCACAGAAAUUUCAGUGGAAGGGUCAGCGCUAAGCAUUGAAAGCUUAUGUCCGGCAUGGGGAACCUGUGGCCCUCUGGAGGUUGUUGGACUCCAAUCUCCAUCAGUCUCAGUCAUCAGGGCCGGUGGUCAGGGAAGGUAAGAGCUUUAGUCCAGUAACCUCUGGAGAACCACAGGUUCCCAUUCCUGUGCUGCCUAUUAUUUUGCAACAAGUCUGGACAUCUGUGCGGCGAUCACAGUAUUAGAAUUGAUGUGUUGAAUCUGGGGGACAGGGGUUAGCAGGAAGAGGGGUUAAAUCUUCUCGGCUCUGUUAUUUUGGGAGAGAAUCGUUACUUUAUCUCUUCCUGGGCAGAAGGCAUAUCCCUGUUUCUCUUCUUCCACACCCACACUCCGGUCUGGACAUCAUUUAUCGUUUCCAAUCUGGACCAGUGGAGUAGUGCCACAGAGCUGCCCUCCCAACAGCGGCAUUGAUGUUACAGCUCACCUGGAUGGUACAGAGGCAGGACAGGGCUGCAGGAAGGACCCAGCACAGCAUCACCAGCACAGCCAAUCUGGAUCUCCUACUGCGGUGCUGAACCUUGCUGCUGUCCCACCCCACCAGCCCUCCCACUGUUCAGAUAAGCAGCAGCGACACCACUGCUGGGAGGACAGCUCUACCCCACAGCCCCAGCCACUCUUGCAUUCAGUGGUGGGAAUCUUUUCUCCCUCUCUCUCCAAAGAAAUAAAAUGGAGUAGAAAUGUCAUUUCUGAGGGUUGCUGUGGAAGACCGAUGCAGCUCAGACGGUACCUUUCACAGGCUCUAUGGCAAGCAGUGCUGUAAGCAGAGAGAAGCAUUGCCGCUUUCAUGGGUGUGCCGAUUUAAACAUGCUCUGUUAAACAAAGUGCAUUCAGGUCAGAUGUUUGCAUCUCCAGCCACAGUGCUGAAGAUUAAGCUGUGAAUCUCCACCUCAACACCUUCGCUACGGUGACAAGUAGGUAGCAAAUGGGAGGCUCUGCUCCAUGAAGCCACUCUGUCCUCUGCAACUCUGUUGACUGGAAGGCCAAGUUCAUAUUAGGACAUUCUGACACCCCUAAUACAGAAAUGGCCCUGAGUUGAAAUCAGAACUCACAAAGAUCCCUGGAUGUGCAGUCAGACAUGCAUUUUGUUUUUUAAAAAGUUCAUCCUAUGAAAAGACAUUGAAAUCAAUCUACUAGACAAAUUGGUUUUUUAAAAAAACCCUCAGGCAUGGCAGAUGUCGGACAAUGAACUGGGUUUUCCAGUGUGCGGACCUGGGAUCUUAUCAAGAUGGAAAUAAAGAUAACGGUGCUCAAAAAUUCAGGACCAGCUUCUAACCCUUCUCAAGGCAAUGGGAAUGUUUGGAUCAAAAGGAGCUUAUUCACUCGCUGAGCUUCAUUGGUGCUAGCCUGCUUCUGUAUUAUCAGGUUGUUUGUGGGGCAGGGUUCUGUGGUUCUUUAUUCUUUAUACAUAUAGUUACAGGCAGGGCUGCAACGAUGACUUGGCAGCCAUAUGCAAAGACACUGUGUAGUCUUGGUGGUGAGUCUAGUACAUCCUUCCCCAACUGCCUACCCUCCUGUUGUUUUUAACUACAACUCCCAUCAGCUGUGCUCCUAUCACUCCCCAGCAUCAUAUGACUGUGCUGACUGGGGCUGA